CGAGGGCACUUUCUCUAGGCGGUUCUAGGACCCCUCUUUCUCAGAUCUCCCUGACUCCUGCUGCGAGCAGUGGCACAACUGAUGCCGACCAAUCACAGUCUUUCGAGGAGGACCAGUCCCAAUCUUUUGCCUCCGAACCUUCACAAGAACCUCCCACUGAGUUCACGAUCCCCCUCAACCGAUCCUUGCGACCACCGGCGCACGAAGACGAGACUUGGAUGGCCCUGCGCAGGAUGACGCACUCUGGCGAUGCGCCUUAUGAAGAGUCCCCGGCUUCCGACGAUGAAUACGUCCCUGUCCGUCCUCAAGAUGGAGACUGGGCCCUUGCGGGACCUUCGCAAGUCCAGUUCCAAGAUGACACGUUUUCGAGCACUGAUGCCAGUCUCGAGGAUGUGGAUAGCGGGGAUCGCACUGUGAAUUUGAGCAGAGUACUGGGUCGCCCCAGCCUUGCUGGCUCGGAGC